AAGAGCUUGGUCAGUUAUCAGGACCGAAGAUGUCCGUGUUGUGGACUGUUGUCCUGCUCAACAGCCUGCUGAUCCCUUCACAAGGAUUUGGAAUCCCGUUCUUGGCUGCCAGACCAGAUAUGAAUGGUUUUAAAGAUCCACCAGACAGAAGUGUUCCCCAGAGAGCUUCAGGUGGUCUCCUUGGUGGCAAUCUGCUUGGCGGUCUCCUUGGCAAGGAUGGAAUCACUGGGGGUCUUCUGGGCAAAGAAGGCGCUGUCGGCAGUCUCCUUGGAAGAAAUGGAGUUGUUGGAGGGCUCCUUGGCAAAGAUGGUCCUGUAGGCAGUCUCCUUGGCAAAGAUGGAGUUGUAGGCAGUCUCCUUGGCAAAGAUGGAGUUGUUGGAGGUCUCCUUGGCAAAGAUGGUCCUGUAGGCAGUCUCCUUGGCAAAGAUGGAGCUGUUGGUGGUCUCCUUGGUGAAGAUGGAGCUGUUGGUGGUCUCCUUGGUGAAGAUGGUCUCCUCGGUGGCCUCCUUGGAGGAGAUGGUGCUGUUGGAGGUCUCCUUGGUGGAAAUGGUCUCCUGGGUGGAAAUGGUCUCCUAGGUGGUCUCCUUGACCAAGACGGUAUCCUCGGUGGUCUCCUUGGCAAAGAUGGUGUCAUUGACGGUCUCCUUGGCAAAGAUGGCCUUGUUGAUACUCUCCUUGACACUGUCCUUGAACUUCUCAUUGGCAAAAAUGGUCUCCUUGGCAAAAACGGUCUCAUUGGCAACCUUCUUGGUAGAAAUGGUGAAGAACUCAUGGGACUGAGAAUUGUGAACAACUCCCUCCCCAAAAUCAGUCUGCGCUCCCUGCCGGGCUUUGGGCACCAGGUGGACUUCAACACGCAGCUGCUGGUAGAGAGCAGUGUGCCGGGCCAGCCACUCUGCGAGCAGGUGGAGGUAGAUGCAACCAUGGUGGUCCAGGACACGUGGACGCCUCACCAGAACGCUCUGAACUGCAAGACUGUUGACAUAAACACCUAUGUGAGACCCAGAGUGCCAGUUCUGGAAGAGCCUUUGAAACGCUUCCUUAGCAAUGCCCUGCAGGAUCUGGGCUGCAACAUCGUCAACGCCAGGCUCAAGGUGUUGAGCUCCCUGCUCGGCUCCAGGAACCAGGUGCUCCCACUCGGGGCUCUGGGGGACCUGCCCUCCUUCUCCAUCCACAGUGGUGACGCCAUCCAGAUGGAUCUGAACCUCCUCUCUGAGAACGCCAGGGAUGGCAUGAUGACCCCCAUGCAGGGACUGCCACUCACUGCCAGCCUGCAGCUGGCCACCGGCCGCCCGCCCCGGCUCAGCCUCUCCCAGGACACCCUCAGCGCCCUGCUGGAGCAGGUCCAGGGGCAGGGAGCCCUCAACCUCAGCAUCACCAGCUUGACGGGUAGCAAUUCCCCUCUGCAAGGCCAGGUUCCCCAGAGCAGCUCGCUGACCGUGUCUGCCCUUUUCCCGUUCAUCCCCCAGCUCACCCGGACCCUCCCUGGCUCUCUGCCACUGGAGCUGCGUGUCCGAGUAAGCAAAAAGCCAGUAGUGACUGUGAGGGAUGGAAGAGCCACUGUCACACUCAAAGCCACCAUCGACGUCACCAGUCCUGCCCUGCAGACCCCCCAGGGGCUCCUGUUCUCCAUCAAUGUGGACAUCGUUCUGAACAUCACCCCAUCAGUCUCUGAUGGCAAACUGCAAACUUCCCUGACUCUUGACAGCAUCAACCUGACACAGUUCCCCCAGAGUCUUGACUUUCCCAGCGCCUCUGCACUCGCAGAAUGGCUCAAGAAGGUCUUCACAGCUGUAUAUGUACCUUCUGUUCAAGAUGCCUUCCGUCUGUCGGUCCCACUGCCCAACGUCCUCAACACCAACCUCAGGAACGCUGAAGUCAUCAUCACUGACGUGGAUGAGUUUUCUGGCCAGACCACUCUGGGAAGAUCCUGCUCAGGAGGAGCCUCGAUGCUGCUCCCUUUGUGAGGCAGCACAUGCACCCCAAGCCCUGCUCUGCUGCACUCUCUCCCUCUUUCUUUCUCUCAAGUGCUGCUCUGUGCUGUGGCUGUGGCCUGAGCAGGACAGGCAGCAGCCUCUGGCCAGCAUCAUGUGGGAGAGCUGCUUGGCUGGUGGAUGUUUGGGGGUUCCUGUGGCCACUUUUAACAUCCAUAGCCAGGAGGCAGAGCUCUUAGGCACAAAGGUUGCUCUUGUAUUGCUCUUUCAAUAAAAUCUCUCACUG